AAAAAGCUGUAAUAAUGUAAGCAAGAGGACUGACACUCGUCAUCCGUCCCUCCGUUGUGGAAUUCUUCCUUGGAUCUGAAAACAGAUUGUGGCGUCAAGCAAGUUCCCUAUCCAUUUGGUUCAUCAUCUCUUCAAUCCAAGCACUCUUCUCUUUCAAGAAUGUUCUAACCAGUAAAAUGUACAAGAGAAGAGAGUAAUGGCAGCAGCAGAAGUAAGGGCUGCUUGGCAGCGAGCAGCUAAUCGGUGUUUUGUCCAAGAAGAUGCCAAAAGAGCUCCCAAGUUAGCUUGCUGCCCAUCAUCACCUUCAUCAUCUAAACCACAAGUUGAUAUUGGAGCUGGCGAUUUACCAAAUGGGCCAGAUCAUUCCAUUGCAGGUUUCAUCCCUCUCAACUGGAACAUUUCAAAUUCCAAUCUUCCACCUGAUUCAAAAUGGUGGCUUCAGUUGCAGCCCAACUUUGGUUAUCAGAAGGAUUUCACGUGUGAACAGUUAAAUGCCUUGGAAACCGAACUGGAAGUCCUGAAAGGUGGAGAGGUAAACAAGAACUAUGAACUCGGAAGGGAGCACCCACUUAGCAAAGAAGACAGUACUUAUGCUGAAAGUGGCAAGAAUGCUGACUCUUAUUUGGACUCAUGUUGGCAAGUUCCUGCUACAUGUGCAAAACUCGGAGCAGAAGCUAAAAUGCGUGAACUGAAGGCUGCAAGUACUAAAAACUUACAGGAAAUGCUUAAACAUAAGGACAUAGGGAACUACUGGUUCCAGGAUGAAGAGAUGGAUUUUGAUCCCAGCUUAAUCUCAGAACAGCCUGAAAAGCUUACUUCUGACUCAAAAUCCCCUUGGAUGGGAGCUGAGAAGACUGAGCCAUGGUGGCGAGCUGUGGAUAAAGAUGAUUUAGCCUCCUUGGUUGCACAGAAGUCACUUGAGCAUAUUGAGAAUUGUGAUCUCCCUCGACCACAGACCAUGCAUGUUAGUAGAGGCCCAUUUGUUUCUCAUGAGUGUUUUAACUGUGACAAGAUUCUCCCCUCAUAUUUAGAACAAAAGACACAUGGUGUUUUUUCCCACUUCACUGAUUUUUCAUGGAGCAGUCCCACUUCAGGAAACAUGGAUGACAAAAAAUUGUCUUCAGGUGAAGUAGGAUCACUCUAUGGUUCAGAGAAACCUUUCAGCAGCUCUAACAGCUACAGUACAACAAACAAGAAUCGAACAGAGACCAGGGGCACUUCUGAUGGUGAUCUAAGCAAAGCUCAGCUGUUAGAGGCACUUUGUCACUCACAAACCCGGGCAAGGGAGGCUGAAAAGGCAGCCCAGAAGGCUUACACCGAGAAGGAACACAUCCUCAAGCUCUUUUUUAGACAAGCCUCAUACCUCUUUGCAUACAAGCAAUGGUUCCAACUGCUACAGUUGGAGACACUUUGCCUCCAGCUUAACAAGGGCCAGCAAAUCUCCACUCUCUUUCCAGUGGUCUUACCAUGGAUGCCGUGCAAAGCUAGGCAAUUGAGGAAGGGCCGGCAUAAGGCUGCAAAGAGGAACAGAGUCAGAGGCCCAUCGAGAUACGACUUUAGUAGGUAUGCUUUUGCUUUUGCACUAGGAUUGAGUCUUGCAGGUGCUGGGUUGCUCCUUGGAUGGACAAUGGGGUGGUUGCUACCUACUUUCUAGAACACUUCACAGUUCCAACCAACUACCUGUAUCUGGCUGACACAGUUGUUAAGCAGCAGAUGAGGUAGGGAUGCUGAUCCUGCCAAUCCAAAAUCCAAAAUGCUCUCCAUGGGUGUGAAGAUGCUGGUUACAGUGGAAUGAUGAUUCAGAUUUCAGGCCAGUGUUUAUCGUCUCCCUACAUGUAUGUAGUUCUUGAUUUAUGUAGAUAAUACUUUUCCAAGUAUAUAUUUUCUGUACAAAUGAUGUAAUGGGAUGUUCGUGUGUUUGUACAUAUUAGAGAGAACACGUUGUGGAACAGGAGGGAGAGGGUCCUGUCUUCACUUCAGUAGUAUGCAGUUGGAAAACAUGUGAUGGAGCUACAUGUUGAAAGGAAGAGGGAGGGUGGGGUAAGGGGUAAAAAUCAAUAUUUGAUGAAAAAGAAAAACAUGAGAACUGAAGAUUGAGCUACUGGGUCACUUGAAUAGUUCCCUCA